CGCUUCGGUGACGCGUUUUAUUUAUUUUCAUUUCUCUUUUUACUUUAUAUAAUAAAACAAAAUUUACAGGCUGUACUAUGCUGACAUGGCAGUCACCUAACCCCACAUGCUCACCUCCUCUUGACUACUUCCACGUGUCCGGGCCCCCACUUUGUCCCCCUUUUCACCCUACACUCUCGCUUUCCUCGACCCCUCUAUUGCUCCUCUCACCUUCCUUCUCACCUCCCUUUUGUCCCUCCUUUUUUCUCUCUCCUACGUGGCAUCUUACGUGUCCAUAUAACAAUAUUUUUUUCCCUAUAUAUACCUUCAUUUCUCUUCCCUCCUCUCCUCAACCAAAAAUAAAUUCUCCUCUUCCUUUUUUUAUACUAACUAAUAAUAACGUAUGCACAAAAAUCUCUCCAUUUAUUUUAACUUCUCCUUUGUAAAGCUUAACCUCUACAAAAACACCUUUUACAAAUUUAAACAAUUGCAUCUUUUAGCUAAUACCAAAAUGGCUGUUGAUUCUGUUUUGUCUUCCCCUCUCGGCCCGCCCGUUUGCGAAAAGGACGCUAAGGCUCUUCAGUUCAUUGAGGAUAUGACUCGAAACGCCGAUAUCAUACAAGAGAAGGUGUUGGGUGAGAUCCUCACCCGUAACGCUAACACCGAGUAUCUUAAGCGUUUUAAGCUCAAUGGUGCUAAUGAUAGGGAGACUUUUAAGACUAAACUCCCUAUGGUUACUUAUGAGGAUCUUCAACCUGAAAUUCAACGUAUCGCCAAUGGCGAUCGUUCCCCUAUCCUUUCUGCUCACCCCAUCUCCGAGUUCCUCACUAGUUCGGGCACAUCAGCUGGAGAAAGGAAAUUGAUGCCAACAAUCAAGGAAGAAUUAGAUCGCCGUCAACUACUCUACAGCCUUCUAAUGCCUGUCAUGAAUCUGUAUGUGCCAGGACUUGACAAAGGAAAAGGACUUUACUUCUUAUUUGUGAAAUCGGAGACCGAGACUCCGGGCGGGCUUUUGGCCCGACCCGUUCUCACUAGCUACUACAAGAGUGAGCAUUUCAAGACCCGUCCUUACGACCCGUAUAUGGUGUAUACUAGCCCGAAUGAGGCGAUUCUAUGCUCGGAUUCUUACCAGAGCAUGUACUCACAGAUGUUGUGUGGAAUGUACGAGCGCAAGUCUGUUCUACGUCUAGGGGCGGUAUUUGCCUCGGGUCUACUCCGGGCCAUCCGUUUCCUCCAGCUCAACUGGAGGCAGCUAGCUGAGGAUAUCCGGGACGGGAGCCUUAAUUCAAAGGUUACUGACCCGGGUAUCCGAUCAGCAAUGGGUCGGGUUAUGAAGCCCGACCCGGAGUUGGCGGAUUUUAUUGUGGCGGAGUGUGAGAAGGAUCAAUGGGAAGGAAUCAUCACCCGAAUAUGGCCCAAUACGAAGUACCUUGAUGUGAUAGUUACCGGGGCAAUGGCCCAGUACAUUCCCACUUUGGAUUUUUACAGUGGUGGUUUACCGUGUGCAUGUACUAUGUAUGCGUCAUCCGAAUGUUACUUUGGGUUAAACUUAAACCCUAUGUGUAAACCAUCGGAGGUUUCCUACACCAUCAUGCCUAACAUGGCCUACUUCGAGUUCCUCCCACUCGACUCGGCCCGUGACUCCGACCCACAACUCGUUGACCUAGUCGAUGUCGAGGUGGGAAAAGAGUAUGAGCUCGUGAUCACCACAUACGCCGGUCUGUACCGCUACAGAGUAGGUGACAUCCUCAGAGUCACCGGCAUCCACAACUCGGCCCCUCAGUUCCAUUUCGUAAGACGUAAGAACGUACUCCUAAGCAUUGACGCGGACAAAACAGACGAGUCCGAGUUACAAAGAGCAGUAGACAGUGCCACACAACUACUCAAAGACUACAACACAAGUGUAGUAGAGUACACGAGUUACGCUGACACAACAACCAUCCCAGGUCACUACGUGAUCUACUGGGAGUUACUAGUAAAAGACUCGGGGAACUCGCCCCCGAGUCAUGUACUAAACGAAUGUUGCCUAUCGAUGGAGGAGUCUCUUAACUCGGUGUACCGACAAGGCCGAGUUGCGGAUAACUCAAUAGGGGCGUUGGAAAUACGGGUUGUUAAAAGUGGUACGUUUGAGGAACUUAUGGACUAUGCAAUCUCACGUGGUGCGUCAAUAAAUCAGUACAAAGUGCCAAGAUGUGUGAAUUUUACGCCAAUUAUGGAGUUACUUGACUCACGAGUUGUAUCGGCGCAUUUUAGCCCGAGAUUACCUCAUUGGACUCCAGAGCGCCGUAGGUGAAUAAUGCACCUUCAAGCAAAAAUAGAUCUUAGGAUUUUUUUUCCCUUUUUUUUAACUUCUGCUUCCCCUUUGUUUUCUGGACAGUUUUUUUUACCUCUUUUUUUUGGGGUAAUUAACCUUUUGGGUGGGUAAUUAGUUUGGUUUAGGGAGCUUGGGAAGUUUGUGGUAAAAAAAACGUGUAAGCUUUGUUAAAUUAACCUUCUCUUUUGGUAAAAAAAAAAAAGGAGUGUUGUUGGCCUUUAGAAAAGGCUUUGUAAUCUAAAGUAAUUUUCUUGUUUGCCUUUUGGACAAUCAGUAUCUAAUUGUAACUUGCUUUAAUGUUCCA